AUGACUUUUUCUCAUGGCUUAUUCCAAAUUUUGAAAGAAAAAGGUUUCCUUGCAUCUGGCACAGCUCGCGAAAGUCGCAUAGCUGGUUGUAUAUUGGAUGAUUCUAGAAAUAUGGGGAGAAAAAAACAUCGUGGUUCCUACGAUUUUGCAUUCAACAAAGAUGCAAAAACAUGUGCAAUAAAAUGGAACAACAAUGCUGUGGUAACAAUUGUUACUAAUAACGAUACAAUUUUGCCAAUUAAAAAUGCCAAACGAUACAGUCCCAAAGAAAGAAAAGAAGUUUUGAUUUCACAACCUAACGUUAUUUCGGAUUAUAAUAAGCAUAUGGGAGGUGUAGACUUACAGGACAAUGCCACAUCUAAUUACCCCAUCAAGAUUCAAGACUUUGGAUGCUAUAUAGCUAUUGCCUUAUUUAAAUCUGAAUCGGAGAACAAUUCAUCUGGUCAAAGUACAUUACAAAUAACCCUUCCUAAUAAAGGUCGCCCAUCAUUCGCAGCUCAACCAAAAGAAGUACGGACUGAUAGAAUUGGAUAUGGAAGUUCGAUGUUAAUGUUCAAUAUUUGGUGGCCCAUUGGUUCAAUCACUGCUCUCGGAAAUGCUCGUUGA